AUGGGUAUGAUUAGUGACUUACCUGACCACAUGCUCCCUGAGAUACUCUCAUGGCUUCCAGCAAGAGAAGUGGUGGCGACGAUGCUUUUGUCCAGACGAUGGAAGUUUCUUUGGAAGCAAGUGUCAAAAUUUGAUUAUAAUUUUAGCCAAAACGAUGGCAAAGACUUUUCAGACUUUUCAUUCUUUGUCAACAGGUUUUUGCAGUUACAUGAGGGUCAGGUUUUUACAAGUUUAAAGUUAUCGGUCAGUCCAUAUUGCAACACGAGAAAUGUCGGAGCCUGGAUUGACUUGGCAGUUUCCCGGAAGGUGCGUGGCCUUGAAAUCGACCUUACCGCCGCCCGUAACCCGAUGAUCACUACUCUUUCAAAGAGUCUGUACACUUGUGGGACACUAACUUGUUUGAAGGUAAAGGCCCUUGUACUCGACGACAUACCUGAAGAAUAUCCAAUUUGUCUCGCAUCGCUCCGUUACUUGUACCUCUCCGUCUCAAGUCAAGUGUCUGCCCACAUGUUUAUCGGUAAGCUUACGGCUGGUGCUCCUCUUCUAAAGAAGUCAAUUGUACGCGGUGACAAUGUCUACAAUAAUCAGUUUCUUGAUUAUAUGGCAGAAAAAAACUCAUUGAAGAGCUUUACACUGUGCUCAUCAGAGUGGGAUCCCGUCACCAUUGGCCCUUACUUUGGUAAGCUUGAGCAUUUUUGUAUGUGCACAUGUUCUCCCUUGUGGUGGGAUUCGCUUAUCGCAUUUCUUCAAUAUUCUCCUAAACUACGCUAUCUCCAGCUAACCAAGUCUUGCAACUUGCGACGUUGUUUCCUUUGGGCGGAGCCAAUUACUACUAGUCUACCCAAGUGCUUGUCAUCCACACUUCAAACCUUGGAAUGGAGAGAUUAUACGGAUACUCAAUUCGACAAAGAUGUUAUCUCUUUUCUCCUCAAGAACGUUACGUGUUUAACAAAGGUGAAGGUCGUCCCCGUAUUCACCACCGCUGGUCAUAUUGAGAAGCUUCGAAUCCGCACCUACCUCUCAAACUUGUCUAGAGGUUCGACUGCGUGUCAGCUUAUCUUCCCCUAA